CCCGGCCGUAUUCGAGGGAAAGAGACGGUCCCGUUUUGGCAAAUAAAACUAGCUUCUCCCCCAUAGGACUUCACCAAAGUCUGAGAGCUUCAUUGCCAAAGACUUGGCGUAACACCUCCGACGUGAGUCCAGCAUGUCUGCGCCCGUGAGAGCCAGUUCAGCGCCAAGUUCAUCGAGGCCGGAGCAAACACUGGGCACCAGAGCAGCGGAACUAAAUUUUCAAGUGCCGGCAGAGAGCAGAAAUACACAGCCUCCUCCUGCCAACAACCAGAUCAUCCCAGAUGAACUGCUGGUCAGCCUUACCUCCACUGUCUGCAACAGGAGCACACUGGGCCACACUGCACACCAUCGACACUGCAAGGGCUGUGGAAUCAGGCGGCCAGAUGCAGUCUGGCAUCACGCACUUGGACGCAAGAAAUACAAGUACUUUCUGGAGCAGCCAACGUCCCUGACUGGAGCAGGCAGGGAUAUUUCAUUCCUGUGUGAUGCUAUGGUAACCCAGAGGAAGACAACACCUCUCCCACCACUGACUGACAGGAGUGGCAUUGGCGACACACAGAACUGGAGUAUCUCAGAAAGUCUGAUCCCAGAAGAAUAUCACAUUGUGAAAAACAAAGGGCUGCAGAGCCUUGAGUUCUAUGAGGAUGCAUUCACAGUGCAGCUGCAGGAUGACGAACAGCAGCUGCGGGUCUUUCCUUCACUGAGGCCUAGUGGCAGACUGGAAGUGGUCCAGCUGAUGAGAAUGAUGGACGACAUGCUGGAGAAGGCUGGAGUGGAUCAACAGAGUGAAGAGCUGACUCAGCUCUCCCAGAUGGAGGGUCUGCUGGAGCUGGUGCAGGUUGAGCAGAACAUCUACAACAUUGUUUUCCAUGAGCUGAUCAGGCAGGUCAGCGUGGGCUGUGCAGAGAGGGGACAGCUGCUUGCCAAGCUCAGACAGCGCUACCAGUCCCUGCUGGAGCGAAUCCCCCGCCGUCUAAAGGCUCUGCACACUGAGGCAGUGGCACAGCGGGCUCUAGACCGCCGGCUCACUGAGGAGAUCCACCGCAUCAAGACAUCCAUCCAGCAACUGAACACGGAACUGUCCAAGAUCAGAGACCACGAUGCCUUUGUUUCCCAGCAGGCAGAGCACGCUCACUGGCAGCUGGCUGAGGCACUUGGUCAGACGCACACCAACUCAGAUGUGGUCCAGGGUUACCACGAGCUGUAUGAGCUGCAGAGAAGUCGCCUUGAGGCUCAGCUGCUCAAGAUGACUGAGGAGAGAGACUGCUGGAGCCAGCUCACCUUCUGCCUCGCCCUCAAGGUUAUCAGUGUGAAGAAGCUGCAGCUGGUCAGUCGGCUGCAUGUCUACGAGCAGAGCUGGUUCAAGACAGCAGAGCACUGCAUCCUUUACCUCACUUCAAAGGACACAGAGGACCUGAAUAUCAUCAAGGAGUGUACUGACCACUGGAAACAGCAGCUGACUGCUUUCAUGUCCCAGAUGAAGAAGACUGAGCAUGCUCAGUUUGAAGAGAUCAGUGUCAUCCAGCAAGGCAUCUCCAAGUGGCUCGUCUUCUGCACCACACAGAGGAAGCAAGGGUGUCCUGAGCCAAAAUAUGAGAGAAUUUCAUUGGAAAAGAUUCAUGCUGAUUUGAGGCAGUGGUCAAAUAUGUUGGCCCUCCAGUGUGAGCACUACCAAGGUGAGAAGCUGUUUUGCUGCCAGCAGGCACUGGGUGAUCUUGGCCAUGUCCAGGAAAGAUGGCAGCAUAUGAGCCUUCAGCUGCUCAGAAGACACUCUUCUCCUGAUGGUGAACCCCCUGGAAACGAGCAGGUCCUAAUAGAGCUGGGCAGGGUCCUAUCUGAGCUCCUCAAACAGCUGGACACACGAGUCAGUGGAGAGAGUGGGGUCCAUGGACUGGUCAUGUCACUGCACGGGUUUAUGGAGCCCUGGGUUUCCAAGCUUGGCGCAGUGAUUUGCCAGCCAGAAACGAUGUCUGUCUCUGAUUGGCUGAAGCUCGAGAAGGCACUGCAUAAUUGGCAAAGUUUGGUUGAAGAAACCUUGCAGAACGUAUCCAGCAUGCAGACGAAAGAACGGAACGGGAACGAAAGGGACAAAAACAAGCUCAACAUUUAUAUGGAGACAGAGAAUGUGUUAGACAGAGUGCAGGAGUUCAUAACCAGCCUGUCCAGUUUCACUGAUGGUGAGAACCAGAGACUCAGCGAGGAGGUCAGUUCUAUUCACAUGGCUCAGACCCGCUGGAUGUUGGAUCUGUUGCUCCUCAUGGUACCGGACCAUAGUGAGGACCAGGACCAAGAACAGGAACACCAAUACAUUGCAAACAUCUCACCGCCGACACUGGAUGAGGAUGCCCAGAUCCUGGCGAAUAAACUGGAUUAUUUUUCCAGAUACAUCACCAAGUACCAGAACUUUUGCAGGCUGAUUUUGGAGGAGCAGAUUUUGCAAAAGCCACAUCAAACUGAGGGUGAUGAGAUGAAUUACUGCAGAAAACUGCAGAGGGAAGGUAGUGAUUGGGUGGAGACCUGCACAAUCCUGCUCUCUGGGUUGAAAGGUGGUCCUGUGGAGCUCCCUGUCAGGCAGCCUGACACCACUUUCAGGAUUAAUGUCCCAAUUUCUCCAGCAGACAGCACGGAGAUUUUGGAGAACAAAGAGGUUUCAGCAAAGCCUACAACAGAGAGUGAGGUCAAAGAGGCCAGAGAUGAAACUGAGGCAGAGCCGAGAUAUGGGGAGCUAACGGUUUCUGAGACACCAGUAGUGAAGCUGAUAGGCUAUGAUGGAAACAUCGCUCAAAAAAGGCUGGGGGAGAGCAGUGCCCAUCUGAACGGGACCGAUGAACUGGUCGUGUCUCCAGCAACAGAUGAAGCUCAGAAAGCUUUUAGUGAUUUGACCACAGUAGGAUUACUGCAGCAGGAACUGCAUGAUUCUGAGCUGCGGGUCCAGAGUGCUGAGCAGCGAGCCCUGAAAGCUGAGGAGGCCCUGCAGGCAGCAUUGGAGAAGAUUCAGGACCUGGAGAGACAACUGCAAGGUCGGCCCAGUCUGGAGCCCAAACCUAGUGAAGUACAUGUCUCUCUCUGUGUUGCAGAGAAAAAGAAAACACCACCACCUUCCCCACCGCCAGAAACAGCCCCAGCUCCUCCAAAGAAAACAACUCCUGAGGCCAAACAAACAAGCAGCAACAAAAGGACAAAGAAACGCUGAUGUGACAUCUAAUUAGAAGAUAUUACAACUCUCUAUGUUUGGGAAAACAAAAAUGGUCAUUAACCAGUAAUGCCAUUCAAGUACUGAAUUUUUCCGGUAUCAAUAGAUUGUCUUUAUUCAGAUUGCAUGGCUGUUUUAUGAAAAUGAAUAUCACUUAGUGAUGUUAUGAUUUAUAUUGUGGCUUGCUUCAGCUCCGUUUAACCUCGUGAUAUGUUUUUUAACUUGCUGUAAAAGCAAAUUUCUUUUUGCUUCCUUCCAAAAAUAAAAGUGUCUGCAGAUAUUACAUUUCAAAAAGUCAGACUUUUCUGGACUGAAUUUUGAAGUUUUUGUUGUAUUUUAAACACACUUAAUAAGCAGGCUGGAUAAUAUAAUUGUACACUAGACCAAUCAUUUUAUAAUUCAAGAUUUUUGUGGUAUUACUAUCACAAGAAAUUGAGUGAUUUUAUGUUUACCAGGACUGAACAUUAUUUUCUUUACAUUACUUUUGUU